AUGUUUGCUUGUUGUCUUACACCUAUUGACGGUUCCAAUCUUCUCUUUCACUUUGUUGCUAUCUUUCUUGUCUUUUCUCUCUCUCUAUUCUACUCUACAGUGAAUAUACAAUUGAAUGUUGGCCAGCCCCCUUUCUGCCUCUCUCCCGCCAAUCACCGCCGGCUCCACUGUUCGCCCGAUCUUCGGCCUCCUUUCGACCAUCGCUUUUUCAACUUCUUCCCUUUCUCCUCUUUCACCAUUACGCCCUCCACCGCCCAUUCGUUUUCUCCCGCACCAAAAACGGCCUCUUCGAUUGUUCUGCGUUCCCAGGUUCUUUCAUCGCCCGAGGUUCCGAGGUCGUUUGCUCCCCCUGUUGCCCAAGCCCCGCCUGGCCACCACCACCACCGCAGUCGCGACGAGGGCCUGACGGGGGCGAAUCAUUACAAGACAACGUCGUACCCUCGUCAUCAGGGACAAAAGAACCAGCAACAGCAUAAGCGCGCGCGAUCAAUCCCGCUAUCAAACAGCAAACAUCCCGGUGUUACCAACAAUCCGCGUUGCAUAUUACGACCGCCGGCCGCUCGUCUCGCAAACCCAGUCAACCACGUUCCUCGUAUCACCCCCGUCGCCGUUCCCCAUCCGUGGCAGCUGUCCGACGAGAACCUUCCCCUCGACGCGAACCACAACGCUUAUCCCCUGCUAUCUAUCCCCGAGCAGCGCCGCAGCCGGUUGACUCCGUCGAGUUUGGUGGUUGAGCGCAGUCAGGGUGAGACGGAGAGUUGGCGCACGAGUAUCGCAGUGCCUCAAGGGCAGAGGCGCAGUGGCACUUUGCUUGACGUUGACUACGAGCACGAUCACGACGAGAAUAACUACAACAUAGGCACGGGAGAAAUGGCAGCGACUGCAGAUAAUUUACGGCCACCGGAGCAGGCCCAUUUGGCCCAGGAUUCAACAGCGACAGCACCGCCAGCGACGCCAAGGACUCGCGAUCUACAUUUGCCUCGACAUGUCCCGUCACAGGUAUCGCUGCGGUCCCAGUCGCAGAUUGCUUCGAUCCCGUCGAAUCCGGGACAACAACCACAGGCAGAUGUAGCGGAGGAAUUGGCCUGGGGGCCGGCACAUCCUUGCUUUCCGCAUAUCAACCCGCACGUUCCUAUCGAGUCAUCGGAAUACACAACGACACGAAUUAUCCGCAUUCGACGCGACUGGAUGGUGAAGGGCGAUCUGGCACCGACAUUCUCCAACCUCUACCCUGAAAUCCUCGAUCCACUCUUACCAGAACACGAAUUUCGCAAGAUCAUCGCGAUCGUCAACGAUGAACUCAUCAAAGCGUUCGACCCGUACCGGCUGCGAAACUGGAUCGACGGGGCUCUGGGCCUGGUAACCGGGUGGUUGUGGGAGGAUAUUGGCGCCCCCGCUGUAAAACGGCAUCUGCAACACGUGGAGGCGUGGCUGGAGAGAUGGAAUCGCGAGGUCGGUGCCAAGGAUGGGGUUAGGAUUUGGGGUCUGCGGAGGACGGCGUAUAUGUCGCUGGACAUCCAGAUUCCGGAUCCGAAGGUUGGGAUUAUACACAGCGAGGAUCUGUCGCUUCCUGGUACGAGGCCGAGUACUGGUGCUGGGCGGGGGGUAUAA